AUGAGUCUCAAUGUAGAUGUUGAAGAGUUGGUUACUAAAGUGGAGGAAGAACCCACUUUUGCCCCAUCUAUGCCAGUCCCCAAUGUUCAAGAAAUGGUAAGGAAUAAUCCCCUGACGGUUCCGGAAAGAUACAUAAGGAGUCAAGAAGAACUGGAAAAAAUCAAUCACAUACCUCACCUUUCAUCUGAGGUUCCUGUCAUUGAUUUUGCACUGCUCUCAUGUGGGAACAAGGAGGAGUUGUUGAAAUUGGAUGUAGCAUGCAAAGAGUGGGGUUUCUUUCAGAUAGUAAAUCAUGGUGUUAAGAAAGAGCUUCUGCAAAAAAUGAAGGAUGCAGCAGCUAAGUUUUUUGAACUUCCAAUAGAAGAGAAGAAAAAGUAUGCAAUGGAAUUAAACGACAUACAGGGUUAUGGGCAGGCUUAUGUAGUGUCUGAAGAGCAGACACUAGACUGGUCAGAUGGACUGAUGUUAGUCACAUACCCCACCCAGUACAGGAAGCUUCAAUUUUGGCCAAAAACUCCAGAGGGGUUCAAGGAGGUAAUAGAGGCAUAUACAAGUGAAGUUAGACGAGUUGGUGAGGAAAUGCUUAGUUUAUUGUCAGCGAUCAUAGGGAUGCAGAAGCAUGUUUUUCUUGGACUACAUAAAGGAUCAUUAGAAGGUUUACGUAUGAACUAUUACCCUCCUUGUAACACACCUGAGAAAGUGCUGGGUUUGAGUCCACACUCUGACACAAGCACCAUCACCUUGCUUAUGCAAGAUGAUGAUAUAACUGGCUUAGAAAUUCGACACCAAGGAGGAUGGGUGCCAGUGACUCCAAUGUCAGAUGCUCUAGUUGUCAAUGUUGGAGACACUAUUGAGAUCUGGAGCAAUGGCAAAUACAAGAGUGUAGAGCACAGAGCAGUGACAAACAAGAACAAGAAAAGGAUGUCUUAUGCAUUAUUUUUGUGCCCAAAGGGUGAUGUGGAAGUUGAGCCACUUGAUCAUAUGAUAGAUGAUCAAAACCCAAAGUCGUACCAGAAAGUAAGGUAUGGAGAUUAUCUGAGACAAUCUAUGAAGAGGAAAAUGGAGGGAAAAACACACAUUGAUGUGGCAAGGGUAAAGGAUUCUGAUCUGAGGAAUAAAGACGAAUAA